AUGGAGGAAAAAAUAUCCAACGUCGCAGGUCGCUUCAAGAAUCGCUUUGGUCUUGGUGGGCCAAGUGGCGCCCCACCGUUCCCCUCUUCUCCGUCCCCAUCCCAGUACGGGCAAUCGUCCUCACACGGAGGGAGCAACUCAGGACAUGGACCGCCGCCCCCGAUUCCACCUCGCCCCGGUGGAAGCAAAAGCUUCGAUGAUAUCGGCCAUCCGAGUCCGCCGUCGAUAUCACGUAGUGCUCGUUUUGACGCUGGCGCCAUCUACGCUCCAGGAGCUUUUCCUACCCCGGAGCUUCCUGAGUACCCUUUACAGAGAUAUCGUAUAUUGGAGCCCUCAUCCACGGAUGACUAUACGUCGACGACCAUCCAAAAGGCUCUUGACGAGCUCGGUCCUUCAGCUACGGUAUACCUACCUCCGAGGACGGCGUGGAGGAUCCAUAAGACCAUUACUCUUCAAGAAUAUCAAGAAAUCGCGACCUUCGGUUAUCCCGCCUCGCAUGAUGAUAUGGCGCUCCUAGAUGCACAGGAGGACUGCACUCCUCAUGUCAUUCACGCAUUCGACAAAUCUGGUAUUCGGAUCCGCAAUUUGAUCCUUGAAGGUAAUAAGGAGAAAUAUGGGUGGGACGACAAGGGAGGCUGUAUGAUUCAACUCGGCGGUGGUAAAGCUCACAAUCAGGUCCUUGAUCGCUGCGUCAUCCGUAAUCCAAGACACUGGUCUUGUGUUCAAGCGUUUGACGGUUCUCACAAUGUCCGCAUCACGAACAACUUCAUUGGUCCUGCUGGUGUCGGCUGUGACAUUGAGCAGGGUCAUUGGGCGGAUGGAAUUUCGUUUGCAGCUGCAGAUGGGUUGGUCGCGGGGAAUCUUGUCACCGAUACUACGGACGGAGGUAUAGUGCUGUUCAACGCAACCGGAACGCUCGUUACCUCGAACACCGUGGUCACGAAGAGUCGUCUUGGCCUAGGCGCCAUCAACAUGGUGGACCAUAUUGUUUACGACGGCAACUACAACUUUACUCGGGUAACCCACAACACCAUCGUCGCCGCCGGGACGAUGCUCAAGAUCGGAAUCGGUCAAGGCCUCUCCGUCUGGUGGGCUCCCGACAAACGUCAGAUCAAUUAUGGCGGUACCGUCUCGCACAACCUCAUCACCCGCGAUCUUUCCCAUGUUCCGGGCGCAGGUCAUGGACUUGGCGAGGGCACAGUUGGGUACGGCUAUCCCGUCGGAAGCGACAUUGCCCAUUGGACGUGUAUUGACAACGUCUCUGAUCCCAAUGUCAUCUACCGUGGCGAUACUUCUGGCACCUUGCCUGGAUAUCUUAAUGCCAGUCCUGGCCCUUUCAUCCAUGACCCAUACGGAAACUCGGAAGGCCACGAAGCCGAUGUGAGCACGUUGAGGCUGCAGCCGGAGUUCGUCCAGGGUAAAGUUUGGGGUCUACUUCGCAUCGAACCCGGUCCAUCCAAGGUCCUCGCGUACGAUGGCGGUGGCCUCAAAUUGCAUCGCGGCCAGACUUUGCACCUCCUGGGUAUAAGCAUAACCUUUCGCGACGACGCCGAGCUCUGCAUCUUCAGGACGAAAGAGCACGAACGUGGCGGUGGCGAGAUCCUCUGGGAAGCUGGUAUCAGACGCCACAUCGACCCCAGACGACCAGGUUUCGAGAAUCUGAUGCUCCACUUCACCCCAAGCGGCAAACUCUGCGUCGUUGACUCUACCAAUCCUCACUCGAUCUGGUACGACCUCACGCCACACGUUCCGGCGCACCUGCCACCCUCCGAUUCCAAACGUCCAUCGACCCCGCGCCUCCUCUUCUCCGCCUCGAAAGACCAGCCCUUGCUCAGCAUCACUUCCCCUACGGGAGACCUGUUCUACGCUUCUUCCUACACCGCCGGCCGUUUCGGAGAGUGGAAGUUUGGACGAUAUGUCGCUCGACCGACACCUGAUGUUCCGGGCGGCGGAGCGUUGAUUUGGACUCUGGCGCCGAAUAGGAGGUUCGUGGUGUUGCAUGUUCGCGAUGAGAUGCAGAUGCCAUUGCGUUGGCCUCUGGAUUUGUCGAGGUUCCAGGUCGUGUGCGAUAGUGUUGGGGAUGCGGAGGCGGGACCAGAGGUAGAUGAUCGAAAUGCGACGUUGGUGCUGCAAGGAGACGGACAUUUGGUUCUAUACGAUGGCUCAGGCCAGCCGCGUUGGGGCUCGGGGACGCAUGGGGACAGAGGAGCACACACACUCCGAUUUGGUCUGGGGACGCCUGCAGAACCAUACCUGGAACUUCUGAACGAGCACGGGCACCAGCUGUGGAGCACGUAGAGAACAGAUGAGUUCAGAAAGCGAUAUCGGUGUCGGAGAGCACUCUGACUUGAAAGAUCUUGUCAGAACGGACAGCCCACAUGGACUGUGUUCGGUUUCGAGAAUCAAAGUCAUCUAGACGAAAUACAUAUGUAACAAAACUUAGCCUGUAGCGAAACCCGAAAGUCAUUGACCUCAUGUAACCUGGACCGCAUAGAAUGA